CUGGUUAAUAGUGAUAAAGAGUAUGUAAGCACCGACUUGGGACGAUGAGCCCGAGCCGCGUCGCGCCCUUUCACGUUCCUCCCCUCCUCCCUGCCGCUCUCUUCCUGAUCCAAACCACCCAUCUUCCGCACCACCGCCCUCCAACACCCUCUCCACUCACAGCAUGAACACAAUCGAAGAAGACCCGGUCUCACCGACCAGCCAGCCCAUGCGGCAGACUCGCAGCCGUGGCCGCAAGCGCCGUGGCACCGUCACCGCCCCUCCGCCUCCCCCGUCUGCGUCCGCGGCGGCGGCCGCUGCCGCUGCUGCUGCUACGCCUGCCAGCGCGGAGGCGGGGUCUGAUGGACGUCGGCAGUCUAUUAUACCGUCUAUGACUACGAGCAAGCGGCUGUCGACGACGCUGAGGAUGCACGAUGAAUCUGGGAGUCACCAUAGUGAUAAAGUUGGCAAACUGCUGAAACGGUAUUCGCACCGACUCUCGGACAACGGUCUGGGCAACGCAAAGCUGAAAAAGGGAGCAGGCAAACACGACAAAUACGCAAACGGCUUCUUAUCCCCUGACAACAUUCCCCAUCCAUCCGAGAGACCACAAGCGAUAUCGCAGCCGCGCCGGGAUGCUGACCGGGGAAUUUCAGUAGAUCACCCAUCUUCUUCCUCUUCUCCUUCGAAAAAGUACAUCCCCAACACCAAACCGGUAGACGACCGCGCGACAGCCUCGGCGGCGUCGACACAGCCGGCGGCGGAAAAGCCGGUGCUGAUCGGACUGGACGAGAAGAACUACCCUGUACCUAUACGCGACUUCCAGGACUCUUCGUUCGACGCGCGACAGUAUGUGCGGAGCCAUCUCGCUGAUUCGGCGGAUUAUCAGGUCCGCGACUAUCUCGAGAAACUGCGGAUCACGCGCGAGCAGAUCGGGAAGGACAUGCAGAAGAAUUUGUUUAACAAUUACAGCCAAUUUGUGAAGAUUUCGUCUGAGAUUAUGACGCUUGAGCAGGAAAUCAGAUAUACGCGAAACAUGAUGAAUGAGCUCUGCGGGCUUGUUGUCGGGAUGCGACUGGAUAAGGACGCGGAGAAAGCUAAUGCGUCAAAGGAUAGCAAAACGGAGGAUAGUUCGGUUGCGAUGCCGAUCUUGCAUCAGGCUACGCGGGGGGAUCUUGUGAGCAACACGCCGCCGCCGAUCCCGGAGACGCCGGAGACUAGACAUCAUCUCAUUCGGUCGAUAUCUUCGGCGUCGUUGAAGAAUCCGCCGAUAAUUGGACACAAGGCUACGGGUAAUGGGAACAAGGAAGAGCAGAAGAUUCCAGAGGAACAGUUGUUGGAGUUGGAUGUCAUGAUUGCUCACAGGCUUAUGGAUGACGCGGUUUCCACUAUCGAGCGGCUGAAAGGUGAUCUUGAGUACGAAGACAUUGAUCCGGAAUUAAUCGACCGCGGCGACGAGGUCUACGACAUUCUCGCGCACGACCUUGCAUCCGAAUUCACAUCGCGCAAGAAAAUCGGCAAAACCAUCCAACUUCUCAUCAGACUCGGAUACGUGGACGAAGCACGAACACAGCUUCUCGACAGUCGCUCGGAGAUCAUCCGCCGCCGAGUCGACCAGGUGCGCAAGGAUUCCGAGGAUAUUGCGUUCUACGUAUCUCAAGUCGCGACGAUCUCGUUCACAAUCAUCAAAUCCACCAUCGACAUUUACCGCGAGUGUUUUCCGGCGUAUAACCUCGCGUCGCGGAUCGCAGACUGGGCAUACCAGGAAGUUCACAAGUACAUUGAUUUCUUUUCGGAAACGAUGAAAGGCGUGCAGCCCGGAAGCGAGCUUUAUACCCGUGCUACGGCUGCGACUAGGUCGCAGAGCGACAAAUUGAAGGAUAUCGGAAUGUCGAUGAAUUUCCUGCUCAAUGAUGUCUUGAAUCCCCAUGUGCCCGUGACGCCGCAGCCAAGUGUACAGUAUGCGGAUAAUACGGUGUAUCGAAAUGGGUCUACGCCGAGUACACCUGGCGGGCACCAACUGACUAUUGAUGUACGAUGAUCUGAUUGUAUUUUUAAGUGAUAGAUCCCUAUACAGUGAUUAUAUGUACAUAGCGAGGGU